UUUAAAUCGAAAUUCGAAAAUCUACACGCAAAAUAAACGACGUUGUGAAUUCCGACUGUAUAAAUAAUGAUGAUAUACUCCAAGCACAAGCAGCGGUGAAGAAUUGAAUACGAGCAAGUAUUAAUACACACUUUAAACACAAGACUGCGGAAAUUUUACAUCAUGGCUGAAAUAUGCCUGAAAGUGUGCCAGUCCAUGAACCAAAUACCGCUGAGAGUUUUAUGCAUUUUGUUGGCAUUCUUGCAGGGAUGUGUUUUGAACUAUUACCUUGUAAUUCACAAAAAUGUCCACUGGUAUUCCUGGGUUGUUGCUGACAUAGCUGUCAUGCUUCUGAUGAUAGUUACCUUCAUAAUAUCAUACAGGCAUCUGCAGCUGGCUAAAAAAUCUCAGAGGAACCAAUCCCCAAUCCAGACUGGCUCCUUACCACUAGGUUAUUUUUCCUGGUUCAUGUACAGUGUUAUCCUUGCCACAAGAGUUGCCAUCAUUUACAAAGACUUUGCUUACAAACUUGUCGAGGAAGACUUCUUCGGACCGAACACGUUGAAAAUAACAAUAUCUAUGUCAGCAUUCGUGUUCCUUCUACUACUUCUCAGUCACCACAAUGCAGAGUCGAAUUCAGAGAGAAAGCACAUGAUAGCUGAGAUUACUGCGACAGUUGUAUUUGACGUAUUGGAUUCCAUCGACGCCCUGGACAUUAUGUUUGAUGAGGAAGCCAUCAAAGAUUUCCCGGGACAUUUUGACACAGCAAUUCUCAUCAUCGCUUGUGUCAACCUCGUACUCCCCACCCUGCCUUUGAUGACUCUAAGCCAGGCACAUUUCGGACACAAAAUAGUACCCCGGCAGAUUGCGAUGGCGCACAAAAUGAUGCUCGUGUUCUUCGUUAAUAUGCCUUUGCUUGGGAUCCGUCUUGUUCUCUGGCAUGGUUUGGAUGAGGACAUCUCCAUAUUCCCUGUGAAGAAUCUCAUUGUCAUUUUCCUUGUGUGUCACGACUUGUACGAGAAACGGGUCGAAAAAAUGGAAAGGCGCGAACAAGACGACCCUGAUGGAAUAGAAAUAGUUGAAAGACUGGGAGUACAGUCUUCAGCUGGAGAAGAAUCUCAGUUAAGAAGCACUGUCUAAAUGUCUGGAGUUGGUCUCAUACUAGCAAUUCUUUUUAUGAUUUAAAGUAUUUAUUUAUGUCAAUACUGUACUGCUCAUCAAAACUUGUGGACUACUUUAUAAAAUUUUAUGUGUUAAGUGUAAGUGAUGUUCAUCUUAAUUAAAAAACUUUUAGAUAAUAUUCUGACAAAAUGAAAUAGAAUAUUGUCCUUCAAAAAGAUACAACAACAACAUAAUGUGUUAAUAUUAAACGUCCUAUUGUUAUCUGUAUUAAAUUGACAGAUUUCAGAAGCGCAUACUGAAUUGACCCAACUGAUUGAACUGAACAGAGACAUUGCUUGGAUUCUUUAACCCUUAUAAAGUACAAUGUACAUGUACAGUAUAUUUCCCUGUCUGUAUCAGUUUCAUCAGUGCAAUUGUGUUAACAAUGAUAUAACAAUUGUGGCUUCAGCUGGUUAAAUGUGCGCUGAAUCAUAUUAUUUGGAGGCACUUUAUAUUGCUUGAGAUAUACCUUGCCAGCAUCCUUGAAGGAAUGUGUUCUAUAUUGUUAGCUCAUCUAUUUUUUGAAAAAAAAUUAUGAGCUAUUGUCAUCACCUUAGCGUCGGCGUCUGCGUCGGCGUCCGGUUAAGUUUUGCGUUUAGGUCCACUUUUCUCAGAAAGUAUCAAUGCUAUUGCAUUCAAACUUGGUACACUUACUUACUAUCAUGAGAGGACUGGGCAGGCAAAGUUAGAUAACUCUGGCGUGCAUUUUGACAGAAUUAUGUGCCCUUUUUAUACUUAGAAAAUUUAAAAUUUUGGUUAAGUUUUGCGUUUAGGUCCACUUUUCUCAGAAAGUAUCAAUGCUAUUGCAUUCAAACUUGGUACACUUACUUACUAUCAUGAGGGGAAUGGGCAGGCAAAGUGAGAUAACUAUGGCGUGCAUUUUGACAGAAUUAUGUGCCCUUUUUAUACUUAGAAAAUUGAAAAUUUUGGUUAAGUUUUGUGUUUAGGUCCAUUUUAUUACGUAAGUAUCAAAGCUAUUGCUUUCAUACUUGCAACAUUUACUAACUAUCAUAAGGGAACUGUGCAGGCAAAGUAAUGUAACUCUGACUGGCAUUUUGACAGAAUUAUGUGCCCUUUUUAUACUUAGAAAUUUGAAAAUUUGUUUAAGUUUUGUGUUUAGGUCCACUUUAUUCCUACAGUAUCAAAGCUAUUGCUUUCAUACUUGCAACACUUAUUAACUAUCAUAAGGGGACUGUGCAGGCAAAGUUAUGUAACUCUGACUGGCAUUUGGACGGAAUUAUGGGCCCUUUAUACUUAGAAAAUUGAAAAUUUGGUUAAGUUUUGUGUUUUGGUCCACUUUACCCCUAAAGUAUCAUAGAUAUUGCUUUCAUACUUGGAACACUCGCAAACUAUCAUAAGGGUACAGUAAAAGGACAAGUUGCAUAACUCUGGUUGUCAUUUUUACGGAAUUAUGGCCCUUUUUUGACUUAGUAACUUUGAAUAUAUGGAUAAAUUUUGUGUUUCGAUCCACUUUACUUCUAAAGUAUCAAGGCUUUUGCUUUCAAACUUCAAAUACUUUCA